AUGGAUUCUGCAGCCAGAGUUAUGGGAAAGGAUUGUUCGGGCGGGAUCUUCAGUGCGACAUGCUUGAAAAUUGAAGCUAUAACUCUUCUAGAAAAACUGAACUCGAAGGAGGAAGUGCAACUGUUACCUGGAGUGAGUGUAGUUAAGGAGGAGGUAAAAGAAAAUGCAAGUAAAGCUGAGGAGUUCGCGGCGGAAUUAGCGAGAGCUUUACCUUCGAAACCCGACGAAAGACUGGAUAAAUACCUUCUGUACAGACUGGGAAAUUAUUUGGAUACGCAUUCUGUUAAGCUGAGGCUUUUAGAUGAAAGCACGAGCAAGGAAGCUAGGGCUUUGAUGAGUGAAGCUAGAGGUAAAGGAGGUCUUGGCGGAGGCGGAGGCAAGAAAGGCGGUCUAGGUGGACUUGUUGCUGCUGCAGUUAUGAUGAAAGGAACUCUCCUCUCCAUGGGUAUGGGAGGCCUCGCAAUGUUAGCAGGGAAGGCUCUUAUGACUGCUCUAAUGUCCCUGCUUUUAUCUGCUAUCAUCGGCCUCAAGUCUCUCUCAGGAGGACAAAAGUCCACAACGUAUGAAAUCGUAUCCAAGCCGAUCUACAGUCACUCACACUCUCACUCUACCGCUCAUGAAGACGUAGGGGGUUAUGGACACUCAGGUUAUGGAAGGAGUCUCAAAACUCGAAGACGUUAA